AUGACUAGGUUCGGUGAUGGUGAAGAGAUAUUAGAUAAAUUGACAGAUUGCGAAAUUGAACCUCAAAUAGAUGACAUCGUUGGAGAUAUCGGGAAUAAUAACAACGAAAGUUCAGCAAAUAACAAUGUCGACAGAUUGAACAAAAAGAGACCCUAUGAUACACUCAAUGCCGGUGGAAAUGUGGAAUGCCCUCCAAAAAAAUUACGUCUGCGGAAGUCAUGGAGUUUUCAAAGACCGUCAUUGAAAAUACGGUCGUCGUUUUGGUCAGAGUUUUUGAUAGGUAAUAACAAAAUGAAAGAUGGGUGGACGAACGCAUUAAAUAAAAUUUUUGAACAAGAAAAUUCAUAUAAGUACUGUAAUUUAAGUUUCGGCAAUCAUCACAUAUAUGGUUGCAAAAACGGUGAAAUUACAUUUUCAAGUACAGCACAUUGUAAAAAUAGUUUAUGUACUGAGUACAAAUUAACGUUUAAAGGAAAACCACAGAUGCAGGAUUUUACAGAAAUUAAUGUAUAUCACGAGACAGAAAUUAAACAUAAGGAACAUGAAAACCAUAAGCGCAAUAUCAAUGGACAGGAACGUGAUGAGUUGAAAACUAAAGUAGAAGGAAAAUCAGGACUUCGUUGUCAGGAAGAAAUACUUGUUUCUGCAGAUCAAGAAACAUUGAAGAAAGGCAAUUUUAAUCACGUUCCAAGCUUAGAUACAAUCCAUAAAAUACAAUCCGAAGCUCGAAAGGAAAAAUUUUUGAAUAAAGAUACCAUUGAGUGUAUUUAUCGGCUUAUAGAAGACUACAACACAAAAUGGAAAUCAAAAAAGUUAAAUUAUGGAUUUAUUCAAAAAUUUGGUGAGGUAGAUUUUGUUGUACACUUGUACACUGAAGAACAAUUACGAGUAUUAUUAAAAUCAAAACCGGGAUUUACUUUCUGUGACAUAGAUGCAACAGGAAAGUUAAUAAAAAAAUUACACGAGAAUUCAUCGAAAGUAUAUUACUAUACUCUUCUUCUGCCGGGAAAUGAGGAACAACGUAUUGGUCCGUUCCCAGUAGCCGAAUUUGUAAGCUCACGGCAUAAUAUACCGACGAUAACAGAUUUCUUAAAUCAUUUUGUGUACGAUCUUCAAUCGCUUGACCCACAUAGAAUACCACUGAUUGAUAAAAUCGAAACUGACUUUAGCUUAGCACUGUUGCAAUCCUGUUGCAAAGCGCUAAAUGAAUGUAACUUAACAACUUACAUGAAUAAAGCUUACAAGAGUAUUGAAAAACUAUCGAGAAUGACAGUUAUUCACAUUUGCUCAUCGCAUAUGUUGAAUACUGCUCGAAGACAUUUCAAGUCAUUAAAAAUACAAAAAGAUGAACUGGAUGUUGCUAUGGAAGCAGUAUCAAAUCUCAUCCACUGUACAACAGUUGAAGCAGCCGAACACGUUUUCGAGGCAAUAAUUAAAAUAUUUAUGGGUAAAGUUGAUGAUAAAGAACGGAAAGAGAUCAUUGCGGAAAAGUUUAAUUUUCAAAGUAUAAAUAUUGAUAAGACAUUACUAUCAGAAAAAGAAAAAGAAGUAAUAAAAAAAAUGCCUUGGUCAAAUUCAAACUACCUGAAUUCAUUUCAUCACAGACAUUUUAAGAUAGUUUACACAAAAACAAUUCAAAAAUAUAAUUUAAAUGAUUACAUACUUCUAAAAAAUAGAAAAAAUAAAACAAACGUUUCGAAAACAAAUAAUGGAGCCAUCAACGAUUCGGAGGAUCGCAAAAAUUGCCUAAAACACGACAGCGAGAGUGACAAUGACGGUUUGUCAGAUACGUCAUGUUCCUCAUCAGAUGAGGAAAAUGAUGCAGAUGAAGAAAUAAAGGGCAUUCCGGAAAAAACUCAACAAGACCAAAAUCCACAGCGACAAAAAUUUUACUGCCUCGAAAUAAUUCAUUACAUUUUAAUGACGUGGCUGCCAUAUUAUCCAUUGUGGUCCGCAAGUGUCAUUAAAAAGUUUAAAAUUCUUCGAGAUUCAAAUGCCAGUAUUGAAAACUGGCACAAGAUAAUGAAGCCCUUAUUCGAUAAUAGAAAGAACGUAGAAAUUACGGAAUUUAUUCAAGAGCAAGCAGCGGCUCUACCUGGUAGACUGGACGAUCCUUUCACAGAAGAAUCGUGGAAAAGAGGCCCUGAAAAUCGAAGAAAAAAACAAAAUAGUUUUUUUAAGAUUGCAAAAGAAAUAAAUAAAAAAAGUAAUGAAGAUACCGAAAAAAUGCAUCUCACGGCUAAGGAAAUACACCAUGCCAAUGAAAUUAAACAAAAUUUUUUGAAAUUGGAUGUUGGUGACGAGGUAGAUUCAAGGAAAGAAUUACAUGUAAAUAAAUAUUUCAUCCCUGAAGAAGAAUUGAAUUGUUUAAAAGUUCCGCCUCUUGACUGCAUUAAAACUGACGACAGAUUACGUAAUAAUUAA